GCAGAGCUCUGUUAGACGGAUGAGCGAAAAAAAACUAUUAUAAACAAAAAUAAAAAAUAUAAAAAAAUUGGAAGCACGGUGAAGUUUUAAACAUUUUAAAUAUCAACAAAUGAGUGUUCCAAGUAAUCAUCAUGCAUCUAGUCCAUUGUGUAGUGGCAAUAAAUCAAAAAAGUCUAAAAGUGAUAUUUUGCGGACUGCUGUGGGCAUGUACCUGAAGCAAAAAAAUUUUGUGGGAAGUGAAAAAUUUCGCAAAUCCGAUUUGGUGUUGUUGCAGAAUCGAAAAAACUUUGUGUUACAGAAAAUGUUAGACUCCGAUCUACAUGGCGGCAAUUCUUUUGUUUUCUCCAACGUUUUAUGUUUAACCAACAACUAUAAUAUGGUGGAUCAACAAUUCUCAAGAUUUUCUCAAUUCAUAGAAUCUCAACCGGAAGAAAUCCGCAGCGAAUUGAAGCGUUUUUAUGCUCCUUUGUUGGCACAUUUGUACAUAGAAUUAAUUAAAGGUCGUGAAACAAAAGCUGCCAUCGAUUUUUUACGCAAAUAUGCCCAUUUAGUUGGACCCAUCGAAACAUACGAAGCUCCAUUUGCCACCAAAAUUAAUGGCUGUUCACUGCCAUCAAACGAUGGCAAUUUAGAUUCUGGUUGGCAACAUCUAAAUAUACGUUUCGCACGAGAAGCUUUUUCCGAAGAAGAUCCAGAGUUGGAUUUUUUUAUGAAAUUAAUACAGAAAAUUUCCGCUUGCCAAAAGUUGGAUAGUUUAGAAUUAGAUCCUGAUGUAGCACAAUUCCGCUCGGCCAAACAUGAAAUUCACACCUGCGAAUCUGUAGUAAAUAUGUUGCGACGAUUUCUAGAGAAAAGAGGUCAUGUUUUGAUCUUGAAUCUACUCAACACUUGGGUACACAUUCACAUAAUGGAUCAUGAGAUACGCCAACACACGGAAGAACAUUUAUUUAUGCCAUCAGAGGAACCACUAGAAGAUGAAGACGAUAUUGAAUUGCCUCUUACUGCUAAAUUAAAAACGCAUUCAUCUUCAGAAAAAUCCUCGAAUAAGAGGCCAGCUGAAGAACUACCAGAAAGUACAAUAAAAGCGGAUAUUGAUUCCUUAGACUGUGGUACUGCCCCUAAUUUAAGAGAUACUGUACAUAAUGUCAACCAAUGUCUGAAAACUAUCAAAGAUUCAAGAGAACAAAUUUAUAAAAAUUCCCUCGAAUUUCCUCGUAUUGUUAGAAUAGCAGAUAAAAGUCAAGGUCUCACCUGUGCUGCUUUAGAUACUCAGGAAUGUCAUUUAGUGGCGGGUUUUAAUAAUUCCCUAAUACAAUUAUGGCAAAUGAAUCAACAUUCAAUGCGGGGGAAAAGCCUGUACGAACGUUUUUCCUCUUCUCACUGCAGAUGGGAAAUGAAUAAUUUUGUUGAGGAACAUGAAGAUGAAAUGGAGGAAGAUAUCAAGUGCCAGCAUGCAACCAAAGAUCUCCAAAAGGAAUAUUUUCAGGAAAAAUAUUAUGAAAAGAAAUAUGUAGACAACUCAUAUAAUUCCUAUGGGGGACUGAGUUUACGUGGCCAUGGUGCGGGCAUAACAGAUAUAAAAUUUUCUACUCAUUAUCCUCUUAUAUAUAGUAGUAGCAAGGAUGCUUGUAUGCGUUGUUGGCGAGCAGAGAAUAUGAAUUGUGGCGGAAUAUACAGGGGCCAUCGUUAUCCAAUAUGGUGUAUGGACGAAAGUCCAGUGGGAAUGUAUGUGGCAACAGGUUCCAAGGACUUAACAGCACGCUUAUGGUCUUUAGAAAAAGAAUUCCCUCUAAUUACAUAUGUGGGUCAUACCCAGGAUGUUGAAUGUUUGGCCUUUCAUCCCAAUGGUAAUUAUAUUGCUACUGGCUCUACGGAUUCAUCGGUUCGUUUAUGGUGUGUUACUAGUGGGAAGCUUAUGCGAGUAUUUUCCGAUUGCAAACAACCAGUUAGUAAUAUUUGCUUUAGCCCUGAUGGUAAAAUGUUAGCGGCCGGUGGUGAGGAAUCUAAAAUUCGUAUAUUCGAUUUAGCCGCUGGUUCACAAUUGAAUGAACUUAAAGAUCACACUGCCAUGGUUACCAGCAUAGCUUGGAGUUCAAAUGGCAGACAUUUAGCCUCAGGUUGUCGUGAUGGCAGUUUAAGAAUAUGGGAUGUCAAAAAAUUAACGCCUAUAAG